AUGGCGUGGGGCAGCGCCCGCAGUCAGCUGAACGGCAGGGACCUGCUGAGUUCCAUCCAUGCUUCGGGCCUGCUAAUCAUCAACGCCGGAAGUCCCACUUUUGUGCGUCGGAGGGUACACGGGAUUGCGAUAGACUUGUCGCUCGCGAGUGAUCGAUGCCACUACGAGUGGGUUCGCAGCCUUGACACGCAAGGGUCGGAUCACUAUCCGAUCUCUCUCGACCCGCUUGGCCUGAACCGCACGAGGACAUGUACGUACCGCGUCACGGACUGGUCCCAUUUUCGCUCCCUCUGUGCCAUACCCCCUCCGGCAAAUACGAACUUUCUUACGCAUCUUACGAGGUGUUUGGAUGCCGCUACAAAAUCGUGCACGGUGCCUGCUGGAACGCCGGUCCCCGAUAUCAAGCUUCUCAAUCUGCGCGCUGUCCGUCGUCGCGGCGAACGCCGUGCCAUCAAGAGCGACAAGGUGGAGCAUUGGACUUUAUACAACCGCCUGGACGCUGCGUGUCGCCGUCACGCCAGGCAGCGCCGCAGUCAGAGCUGGCAAAGUCUCUGCGUGUCGUUGAAGGACACUCGCGACAAGUCGCGCCCUUGGCACAUUCUCGCUUCGCUCCUCCGUCCCAAGAUCCCUCGCCAUCCUGCACUCUCCAGCGCGGUGGCUACGGGCUUGAGCACAGAGCAACUGGCCGAACUCUUCGCCGAUGCCUUCGCUCCACCGCCACCGUCUGUGCGCCACGUCAGUGCACCCUGCGAACUACCGCCGCACAACAAGGCUGAACUCCUCGCUCCCCUGAGCUACUUUCCUGCGAGGGCAAUCUUGGAGCACGUUGAGGUGCUUUGCUCGGCCGAGUUUACCCUCACCGGCAAAAGUCUGGAGGCCAUGGCUUUGGGCCGCAUUGAGUGGAUUGCCUCCGCCCUCGACACUUUCGCCCCUGAACAGAGUGGUUUCCGGCGACUGCGCUCAGCAGCUGACUCGCUCGCGGGCGUCGUGGCUACGCUCGAGCACGCAGCAAGUCGCCAAGAAGCAGGAUAUCUCGUGCUGCUCGAUGUGCAACGCGCAUUUGAUGGUCUCCCUCACACCACCAUCAUUCAAGCCCUCCGUGAGCUACGUGUCACCGGCCGCCUCUUUGACUACAUCGCGGCCUUCCUCAGUGACCGCACGCUCAGAGUGCGAGUUGGCGACACGCUCAGUGCCCCUCGCAGCGUGACCUCCGGGGUUCCCCAGGGAAGCGAGAUCAGCCCAUUUCUUUUUAACUUCGCUCUGGCAAGACUACCUGACUACAUCCCCAAGAUGACAGCCUACGAAGUCCGCGUGGCGAUGUACGCCGAUGACAUUGCACUGUUCGCGUGCGGGCCCACGGACCUCGGCUUCCAAGUGCGAGAAUCCCUGCAGUCGGCGAUCAACGCCGUCGAUGAAUAUCUCGCCAGCAUAGGGCUCCAGCUCUCGGCGUCAAAAACUGAGGCGUUGUUAAAAACGGCUGCACUGCUGCACGAGCGCCUAGGGGGCCUGCUGCUCAUUUACACCGACGGCUCCGUGUCGACGGUGGCCGAGCUUGCUGGGAUCGACCUAGCAGCGGAUCUCCUGCUUCAACAGUGCAGUGUUGUUUCUGCCGCGAUCCUUUCGGACUCGCGCGCGGCACUGUGUAUGCUGGCGAAAAAUUACCUUGGACCUCCGUUGGUGCUGCGCGUCGGCUGA